AAGCAACGAAUAAAAUGGCGGCCGAUACGAUCAACUAGUCUGUCUUUCCCUCCAUGUUUCACCUUGUUUUAUUCAUUCUAAACCCUCAGAUGAUCUAGUUAUGAAUCCUUCUGCUCCUGGUGGUGGAUUUCGACAAGUAAAACCCACGUUAUGUCGGUAUUUUAGCAACAAUGGUUACUGUUUUUAUGGCGAUCAGUGCCAGUUUAUGCACGCGAAACCUGCGAACGAGAACAGGCAAGGUAAUGCAAGCUCGUUCCAUCGAAGUUCCUCAACUCCUAUCUUUCAAGCCAGUAAUGGUCCUGUUGGACCCGCAGGACACAGGGGCUUCAAGGGUAACAAUACAAUGAACCAAGCACCUAACACAAACCAAGAUAAUAUGUUACAGAAUUUUGCUAGCCUUUCUUUUAACUCAAAGUCUCAGGUACCUCAAGGUCCAAUGGGAACAGGACCCAUGCACAACAGCCAUACAUCACCUCUAUCACCAUCAAAAAAGUCUUUUGGUUCAUCACUUGCUCCAGGUGGCCCUAUAUCACCCCUACAUUCCCCUAAACCAAUGUCUGUAAAUGCAAACAAACCAAAGACUCAGCCGGGACAAGUGUCAACAGCAGCAUUUGAAUUUUUACCAAACACCACGAAUCAUCCAAAUGCUCAACAACAACAACAGCAGCARCAGUUCAAUCCAGAGUCAAUAGAUGGGACGAUGUACUUCUAUCCACAUCAAAACCCAAAUCAACCAUCUCUGAUGUUGCAGUCAUAUCAUGCUGUAGUUAGUGAACCUUCUCAUCUURCGCACCUUCAAAACAACCAAACUAGAAAUAACGCAUUUUCCAUGUCAGCACAGCUAAGACAGGAGCUCAUGAACCAACAUGCUCUGAGCAUGGCUCAGUUAGACCCUGAUGAUCCUAGUGUACCCAAAGAAGUGGAUAACUAUCAUUCGUUAUGUCCAUUGGAGCCUCUUGACACUCCUGCUGAUCAGGGACAAAGAACAUUUGGUUACAUGACAACAUGUUACAARGCUAUGAACAGCAAAGAUGGACUACUGUACAUGCUGAGAAGGGUUCACGGUUUUCGACUUGUUAAUGCCAAAUCAAUGGUACUGGUAGACCAAUGGAAAAAGAUAACUCAUUCGAACAUUGUCAGCUUACGUGAAGUUUUUACUACUAAAGCAUUUGGAGAUAGCUCACUUGUCUUCGUCUAUGAUUAUCAUGCGGGUGCCGAGACUUUAUUAAGCAGACACUUCUCAGGUCCCGACUCCACCCUUCCUGUCAAUCCYGACGGCUCGUUAGCUUUCCCUAGAGGUGGAAUGCAAGGAACGGGUGGACGGUCAAGACAYGGUGGUCUGAUGCCAGAGAAGCUUAUCUGGAGUUACAUCAUUCAGCUGUCAUCAGCACUAAGGGCUGUUCAUGCGGCUGGAUUGGCAUGUCGAAUGAUCGAUCCUUCUAAAAUUCUUUUAAUAGGAAACUCAAGAUUAAGAAUAAAUGGCUGUGGCAUUUUUGAUAUACUUAGUUUUGAUCCCAGCAACAGCCCAAGUGCAAUGACGCCACACUUUCAACAAGAAGAUUUGACUUCCCUUGGUAAGCUGGUUCUUGCCUUAGCAAGCUGUUAUUCUCUGCAGUCCAUACAGAGAGAGCACAUCCAACAAUCCCUAGAAUAUGUUGCUAUGAACUAUUCUUCUGAUCUAAAGAACCUCAUCAUCUACCUGUUGGGAAGCCCUCCACCCACCAUGAUGAAGAGUGUCAACGAUAUCAUGCCGAUGAUAGGAGCUAGGUUCUACACACAACUAGAGGCAGCACAAGUMAAGUGUGAUGUACUAGAAGGAGAGCUUGCUAAGGAAAUGGAGAAUGGAAGACUGCUAAGGAUACUGGCGAAACUCGGUAUCAUAAACGAGAGACCAGAGCUAGGGAUGGAUCACGACUGGUCAGAGACUGGUGACAGAUAUCUACUGAAGUUGUUUAGAGAUUACUUGUUCCACAGUGUGACAGAAGAUCUUGUCCCAGUAGUUGAUUUGUCACAUAUUGUGACUUGUCUGAACAAGUUGGACUCUGGUUCACCGGAAAAAGUCUGCCUUACGUCUAGAGAUGAACAGACAGUCCUAGUAGUAUCCUAUCGAGAUCUCCGUACAUGCUUUGAAGGGGCUUUUAAUGAAGUAUUAUCCAAUUCACUUUCAUAGUAGAUCAUACAGCUGAGUAUAACCAUCUGUACAUAAGUACAUAAAACAUACUGUUAAUUAAUAAUUAUAGUGGAAGAGGGAUGGUUCUUUUCCUGUAGUUAAACUGCUUGCACCAGUAAUCCAGAUGGGUUUUCUACACUGUAAAGUUUGACAAACUAUGUGUAUUCUUUUAGUGAAGUUUAUUGAUUUGCUAAGAGAGUUUUUAAUUUACUUUUAUUUGUUUUUGCAUUGGAUAUUAUCACUACAUCUUAAAUCUAUCAUCAAUUUCUUAAAGAGAUGACGCUAAAAAUAGGUGUAGUUUGUUCAUAAUUAAGCUUUACCUCAACCUCAACACAUUCAUGAAGCUGUUCACUUCAUACUUGUUAACUAUUUUUCUUUUAGCUUUACUUCUAAUCAAAUGCAGCAGUUUAUUUCAGGAAUGAAACAAGUCUUAUAGACCUUUCAUGAAUUUGCUCGAGUGAACACACAACAAUAGCUCCAAGUUGAGGUAGAACUUGAUGUGUUCAUACAUUUACUGUAUUUUAUCAAGACCUACCUAUUCUUUGAACCAUUGGUUGAUGGUCACUCUAGAAAAUUCGGGAAAGGUGUAUUUUAAGAUUGACAACAGAAUACCUUGGUGCUAUGAAAGAGUAGGAUUAGUUUAUUAUGUCAUAGAACUUUAUUCUUAAGAUGGUGUUAUUUUAACAUAUUGUAGUUAUUCAAUAAGAGGUUAAUGCUAUAAGCUUUGAAUAUUUUCUGUCAGAUUAGAAUAUAAACAUGUGCAGAUAUAAAUAGAAUAAUUAUAUACAUACACUUGAGAUUUUUCUAGAAAAUUUUUACUACUCUGGCCCUCAAUUGUCAUUGCAACAAUGCCUUGAAAAGUUUUAAUGCUAGAAAUUGAUGUUUUAUAACCAGAAUUUACAAAAUCUCUAGAAAGAAAAAUGACCUUGCGGAUAUAGGAACUGAUAUUUCAUUCAUUUUAUUAAGGUUGCUUAUAAGGAUAAUGAUAAUCAUUUCAAAACUCUAAUGCAGAUUUCAACUUGAUGUCUUGUGUUCUUCAGCCGAAACAGUCCUUCUAGGAAUCGAAACUCCACAUAUUUUUUGUUGUUUUGCUUGACCAACCAUAGCUCUACUUCAUGACAUUUGGAGUUCUUUUCCAUGAAGGUAGGGUGUCUCUAGURGAGGAACGAGUCCUUUGUUUUUCUUCCCAAGUGGAUACCCACAAAGAGCUAGCUCUAGAAGUAGGGUCACCUUACCUCCAUGUAAAUGUGGUAUAAUAUAGUUCUAACCAGUUAUUUCCAGUACACAGUAGGAUAUAAUUUCCUAAGCCUGAGACAACAUCUUCUGCAUGUUACCAAGAGAUGUCCUCUUGUGCUCCCUGUUCCAUUGCUCAAUUCCUUAACUUGCCUCUCAUUUGGCUAUUUAUAUAAAAAAUUAUAUCAUAAAAUGGAUAGAAGAUUUCUUAUUUCAAACUAAUUCUGCCUAGCAUCCUAGCUAACUUAUUCCUUUGUCCAUUAUAAUUAUUAAUUAUUGAUGCCCUGCAAAUUUUUAGAUGCUGAAAUUUUACAUUUAAAGGGUAUAAAUAUCACUCAAUUGUACAAAAAUGUUCCAGUAGGUCCAGCUUUUAUAAUAUUGUAUUGCAACUACUUGCAAGAAUGGUGACUCACUGGUAACAUUUUCUUGUCUUUUACCAUCUUCCUUCUCUUCCACAGUACUUGUACAGAGAUGAGUCAAUAUCUUAUCUGUAAACAGCAAAGUUUUCAGGUUAUAUUUUCAGUAUUUAUAGUAAAGAAAUGUUACAAUGUAGUUACCCAUUUUUAAGGAAUUAUUUUCAAAAUAUAACAACAGGAAGUAUAAACAAAACAGGUUUAAACAGAAAGAAAGCUGAAAAAUAAAUGUGUGAAAAAGAUUGAUAUUUACAAGUUACUCAGAAUAAUCACUGAAAUAUCUAUAAAGCUAUCCAUAGUAUUAAAGGCUAAAUUUCCCUUUUUUAAUUUCUGAAAUAUUCAAAGAAAUAAAGUGAAAUGAUACUUGA